AAGACAUCGAGAGGCCAUUGUGGUGAUAUUUAUAAACAAUGGCUUACACCGCAGAUUCAAAUGCGCCUUUACGAGAUGUUAAAAGAGUACAGUUUGGGAUAUUGAGCCCAGAUGAAAUUAGACGUAUGUCAGUUACUGAUGGCGGAAUCAAGUACUCUGAAGUCACUGAAGGUGGCCGUCCAAAGCUGGGUGGACUUAUGGAUCCUCGCCAGGGCACUAUUGACAGGACAGCUCGGUGUCAGACAUGUGCAGGGAACAUAUCUGAGUGUCCAGGUCAUUUUGGUCACAUUGAGUUGGCCAAGCCAGUGUUCCACAUUGGUUUCCUAGUAAAAACCAUCAAAGUGCUCAGAUGUGUCUGUUUCUUCUGCUCCAAGCUUCUUGUUGACCCGACAAACCCAAAGAUUAAAGAAAUCUUGUCAAAGUCCAAAGCCUACCCACGGAAACGACUAGUCGCAGUUUAUGACCUAUGCAAGUCACGAAAAGUCUGUGAAGGUGGGGAUGAAAUGGAUUCUAAGCUUGGAGAUGAGCAGGAAGAACAAAAGAAGGGGCAUGGCGGAUGUGGUCGAUACCAGCCCAAAAUAAAAAGAACUGGACUGGAGCUGAUUGCUGAGUGGAAGGACACGAAUGAGGACUCACAGGAGAAAAAGAUUGUACUAACAGCUGACAGAGUUCACGAAAUAUUCAAGAGAAUAUCUGACGAAGAAUGUCAGGUAUUAGGAAUGGAUCCUAAGUUUGCUCGCCCAGAUUGGAUGAUUGUGACCGUAAUGCCAGUGCCCCCAUUGUCUGUCCGUCCUGCUGUUGUCAUGUUUGGAUCAGCCAGAAAUCAGGAUGACUUGACACACAAACUGGCUGACAUCAUCAAAGCAAACAACCAGCUCAGGCGAAAUGAACAGAAUGGUGCUGCAUCACACAUCAUUGCAGAGGACAUGAAGAUGUUGCAGUACCAUGUUGCUACUCUGGUAGACAAUGAACUCCCAGGUCUGCCAAAGGCAGUUCAGAAGUCUGGCCGUCCUCUGAAGUCAAUCAAACAGAGGUUAAAGGGUAAAGAAGGCCGUGUCAGGGGAAACUUGAUGGGAAAACGUGUUGAUUUCUCAGCCAGAACUGUCAUUACUCCAGAUCCUAAUCUGAGGAUUGAUCAAGUGGGCGUGCCACGAUCCAUUGCACAGAACAUGACCUUCCCAGAAUUGGUCACUCCUUUCAAUAUUGACAGAAUGCAAGAACUUGUGCGGAGGGGAUCAAAUCAGUAUCCAGGUGCUAAGUACAUCAUUCGUGACAAUGGUGAAAGAAUAGAUCUGAGGUUUCACCCCAAAGCAAGUGACCUCCAUCUGCAAAUUGGGUACAAGGUGGAGAGACACAUGCAGGACAAUGACUAUGUGGUGUUCAAUAGACAGCCCACUCUCCACAAAAUGAGUAUGAUGUGUCACAAGGUGAAAGUUCUACCCUGGUCAACAUUCAGACUUAAUCUUAGUGUAACCACACCAUACAAUGCUGAUUUUGAUGGAGAUGAAAUGAAUCUCCACUUGCCCCAGUCAUUGGAAACCAAGGCAGAAAUCUCCAACCUGGCCCUGGUACCUAGAAUGAUCAUCACUCCACAGGCCAACAGACCUGUCAUGGGGAUUGUGCAGGACACACUGACUGCUGUCAGAAAAAUGACCAAGAGAGAUGUUUUCUUAGACAGGGGCCAAGUCAUGAACCUUUUGAUGUUUUUACCUCGAUGGGAUGGCCAUGUUCCUCAACCAGCCAUUCUAAAACCAAAGCCCCUUUGGACAGGAAAGCAGCUGUUUUCACUGGUUAUCCCAGGUCGUACCAAUUGUAUCAGAACCCACAGCACCCACCCAGAUGAGGAGGAUAAAGGACCCUACAAGUGGAUCUCCCCUGGGGACACAAAGGUACUGAUUGAGGAUGGCAUGUUGAUCAGUGGCAUUCUGUGUAAGAAGACUUUAGGAACUUCAAGUGGGGCUUUGGCUCACGUUGUCUUCCUAGAGUAUGGAUGGGAGAUUGCUGGUCUAAUGUAUGGCCAUAUUCAGACACUGGUUAACAAUUGGCUGUUAUUGGAGGGACACAGUAUUGGUAUUGGGGACACCAUUGCAGACCCUCAGACUUACUUGGAUAUCCAGGAAACUAUUAAAAAAGCCAAGCAUGAUGUGAUAGAAGUGAUUGAGAAGGCACACAAUGAUGACCUUGAACCCACCCCUGGUAACACUCUCAGGCAGACUUUUGAAAAUAUGGUGAACAGAAUUCUGAAUGAUGCCAGAGAUAAAACAGGAAGUAAAGCCCAGAAAUCUCUGUCUGACUACAACAACUUCAAAGCCAUGGUGGUGGCAGGUUCGAAAGGAUCCAAGAUCAACAUUUCACAGGUUAUUGCCUGUGUAGGACAACAGAACGUUGAAGGAAAGCGAAUUCCAUUUGGUUUCCGUCAUAGAACUUUGCCUCACUUCAUUAAGGAUGACUAUGGACCAGAGUCUAGAGGAUUUGUAGAGAACUCAUACCUCGCUGGUCUGACACCAUCAGAGUUCUACUUCCACGCCAUGGGAGGUCGUGAAGGGUUGAUUGAUACUGCUGUCAAAACAGCAGAAACAGGUUACAUUCAAAGAAGAUUGAUCAAAGCUAUGGAGAGUGUGAUGGUUAAAUAUGAUGGAACUGUACGUAACCAGGUAGAGCAGCUAGUCCAGCUUCGUUAUGGAGAGGAUGGUCUGGACGCGACCCAUGUUGAGUUCCAGACUAUGCCUACCCUCAAGCCCUCCAACAGGGCUUUUGAUAGGCAGUUCAAAUUUGAUGCCACAAAUGAAAGGAAUAUGAAGAAGUGCUUAUCAGAGGAAGUGAUCAAAGAUUUGAUGGGAGAUGCCAUUGCAGUGUCCCAGCUAGACAGAGAAUGGGAACAGUUGAAGGAAGACCGAGAAAUUCUUCGUUCUAUCUUCCCUACAGGAGACAGCAAGGUGGUUCUGCCCUGUAACUUACAGAGGAUGAUCUGGAAUGCACAGAAAAUCUUCCGUAUUGAUGUUCACAAGCCAACAGAUCUUCAUCCCAUUAAAGUUGUAGAAGGAAUUGAGGAGUUGUGCAAGCGUCUGGUUGUGGUGGUGGGAGAGGACAGACUGAGUAUCCAGGCUAAUGCCAAUGCUACCUUGCUGAUCAAGUGUCUGAUCAGAUCUACACUAUGUGCUAAACGUGUGACAGAGGAGUUCAGAUUAAGUUCUGAGGCAUUUGAAUGGCUCAUCGGAGAAAUCGAGUCCAAGUUCCAGCAGGCACAGGUCCAUCCAGGUGAAAUGGUUGGUGCCCUUGCUGCCCAGUCUCUUGGAGAACCUGCCACCCAGAUGACACUGAACACUUUCCACUACGCUGGUGUGUCUGCCAAGAACGUAACCCUUGGUGUGCCACGUCUGAAAGAGAUCAUUAACAUCUCCAAAAAGCCAAAGACCCCAUCACUUACUGUGUAUUUGAUUGGUCAGGCUGCAAGAGAUGCUGAGAAAGCUAAGGAUGUGUUGUGCAGACUUGAACACACUACUUUGCGUAAGGUGACUGCUAACACUGCUAUCUACUAUGACCCUGACCCUCAGAAUACAGUGAUCUCUGAAGACCAGGAGUGGGUCAAUGUGUACUAUGAAAUGCCAGACUUUGAUGUAUCGAAAAUAUCUGCCUGGCUGCUGAGAAUUGAGCUUGACAGAAAGAGAAUGACGGACAAAAAACUUACAAUGGAGCAGAUCUCGGAAAAGAUUACUGCUGGGUUUGGUGAUGAUCUAAACUGCAUCUUCAAUGAUGACAAUGCCGAAAAGCUUGUCCUUCGUAUCAGGAUUAUGAACUCAGAUGAAAGCAAAAUGCAGAAUGAGGAGGAAAUCGUAGACAAGAUGGAGGAUGACGUUUUCCUGCGUUGUAUUGAAGCCAACCUGUUGUCGGACAUGACAUUGCAAGGAAUUGAGGCCAUUGCCAAGGUGUAUAUGCAUUUGCCAAACACAGAGGACAAGAAAAGAAUCUUUAUCACAGAGGAGGGUGAAUUUAAGGCAGUGGCCGAGUGGAUCCUGGAAACUGAUGGUACAGCUUUGAUGAAAGUGCUCAGUCAGAGAGAUGUUGACCCAAUCAGAUCCACAACCAACGACAUUGUAGAAGUCUUCUCGAUCCUUGGCAUAGAGGCUGUGAGAAAGUCCAUUGAGAAAGAAAUGAACCAUGUCAUUUCCUUUGACGGUUCCUAUGUCAAUUAUAGACAUUUGUCUCUGUUAUGUGACUCCAUGACAGCUAAAGGUCAUUUGAUGGCCAUUACAAGACAUGGAAUCAACAGACAAGAAACAGGGGCAUUGGCUCGUUGCUCCUUUGAAGAGACAGUGGACAUUCUAAUGGAGGCUGCCUCUCAUGGAGAAAUGGAUCCUAUGAAGGGUGUCUCUGAGUGUAUUAUGCUGGGUCAGUUGGCUAGAAUUGGAACAGGAAGCUUUGAUUUGUUGCUUGAUGCUGAAAAGUGCAAGUAUGGUAUGGAGAUUCCAACCAACAUUGGAGCUGGAAUGCCAGGUGGAAUUAGCACUGGUUUGUUCUUCGGAGCAGGAGCAAGCCCAACAGCAGGAAUGUCACCUCAGAUGACACCUUGGCAGCAAGGAGCUACCCCAGCUUAUGCCAGUGCUUGGUCACCUGGAGUGGGCAGUGGAAUGACCCCAGGUGCAGCAGGAUUCUCACCCUCUGCAGCCAGUGAGAGUGGAUACAGUCCUGGCUACAGCCCUGCUUGGUCCCCUCAGCCAGGUUCACCAGGACCAGCCAGUCCAUACAUACCUAGCCCUGGAGGAGCUAUGUCUCCUAGCUACUCUCCUGCCUCACCCUCGUAUGUGCCAUCUUCUCCUGCUGCUACACCACAGAGUCCUGGAUAUUCACCAACAAUUACAGUCCAACUUCCCCAAGUUAUUCUCCAACCUCCCCCAGUUACUCUCCUACAAGUCCAAGUUAUUCCCCGACUUCUCCAAGCUACUCUCCAACGAGUCCAUCUUACAGCCCUUCAAGUCCUUCUUACAGCCCAAGUUCUCCAAGUUAUUCACCAACAAGUCCUAGUUACAGUCCAACAAGCCCAAGCUAUUCUCCCAGCAGCCCUAAAUACAGUCCUACAAGUCCUUCCUAUUCCCCAACAAGCCCUUCCUAUUCCCCCAGCUCCCCGCAGUACUCCCCCUCAUCUCCAAAAUAUUCUCCCUCGAGUCCUUCAUACUCCCCCAGCAGUCCAAAAUACACCCCCAACUCUCCCACAUAUUCUCCUUCCUCUCCUAACUAUAGUAUCAAUGAGUACAGUCCAAGUUCUCCAAGAUACAGCCCCAGUCCAAAGUAUUCCCCCACAUCUCCGACCUACUCCCCAACCAGCCCCAGACAUUCUCCAGCUAGCCCUUCCUACUCCCCCACAAGCCCCCAAUACACCCCAACUAGCCCAACAUACACACCAACAUCCCCACAGUACUCCCCUACCAGUUCACGUUACUCCCCAGACACGCCUGGAUCACAGUGAAAAGCUGAACAGUUGUGAACUGAGUAAGACACAUUUAGUGUGUGUACGAAUUUAUCUUGUACAACUUAUCAAACACCUGUCAUACGAAGAUGGAAAAGAGAGAAAACAGACAGAAUACGGAAUAAUGGCUCGAUACGAUAGUGACGACGAUAGGAAGAAACGAAAAAAGAAGAAAAAGAAACAUUCAAGAUCAAGAUCCCUAAGUAGCAGUGACAGCAGAGUAUCAUCAAAACAUAAAAAAUCCAAAAAGUCCAAGCAUCGUAGAAGGUCACCAUCAUCUUCCCCAGAAAGGUCGCGACAUAGGAGAUCUCGUUCUAGGAGUAGAAGACGAUCACACAGCUUUGAUAGAGAUUCUAGGUACAGGUCAAGGUCACGCAGCAGAGAUAGGUAUUCCAGGCGGAGGUCACGAAGUCGAGACAGAAGAUCCAGAUCGUCUAGUCGCAGUAGACGGCGUGCAAGAUAUUCCAGGUCAAGGUCAUCAAGUCGAGACAGAUAUCGGUCAAAAAGGUCUAGAUCGAGAGACAGACACAGAGAAAGAAGUCCAAAAAAUAAAUCCACUGAAGACCCUUGUGCAAAUUUUCCUGGAUUUGCAGACAUGACACCCUCUGAGCAGGCUCAGAUCAGGAUGCAAAUGGCUCUAAAAGCUGCAGCUGCAGCAGAUGAGAAGAUUAAGGAGCAGACGACAAGUUCAAAGAAUAGUAAAUCCCUCAAAGAGCAGCUACAGUUUUCUAAUGCUGUCAAGGAAAUUGAGAGUUCUUCAUUUGUCCAGUCUUCAUUUUCUUCCAACAGAACAGACAAAGAUAAGACAAGUUCAAAAGAAGAGAGUUUUUCUUUUGGUACAGCUGCUGAGUUCAAGCCUGACAUGGCAGUGAAAAAAAUCCUAGAAGUGGAUGAUUUAUCAAAGCUAGCUCAUUCCAAUCUGUUUGUCGAUCCUGAUGUCAAGAUGGAUCAGUGGAUUGAGAGACUGAAAUCAUCUUCGUAUGAAAUGGAAAGCAAACUCAGAAACCACGAAAGAAGAGCAAAAGCGGCGGCGACUGUGAGUCAACAUGAUACUGAAGACCUUCUGUCAUAUACCUCCUUAAAUAAGAAUUACACAAUUCCUAAAGUAUCACCAGAGGAAAGGGAGCGUCGAAAGAUGUUGAAAGAUUGUGGAAUUGAUACAAAGGGAAUGUCAAAAGAUGAAAUAGCGGAAAUUGUGAGAGCAAUAGAACUGUCAAAACAAGAUGUGAAAGAGAAUCCUUAUGACAUGGACACACAAAUAGAUCAUAGCCAAUCCAGCCAGUCAGAAUUAGAGUCUUUAACAUCACACCAAUUGAAGAAAGCUUCACAAGAAUCCAGCCUAUCAGGAAAAGCUUCUCCAACAGCCCACCAAUCAAAGAAUGCUUCACAAGAAUCCAUUUCAUUGAACAAAGGUAGCCAAGACCUUCCCCAGUCAGAUGGUGCUUUACUGGAUGAAAAUUUGAUAGAGGGCGAGGAUUCAAAAGAACAGUUGGAACACAGAGGAAACAAAAAGCCAAUAGGUAGAAUGAGUUUUAGAUUACACAGGGAACAAGAAGUGGAAGAGGUUUCAGUUGGGAACAAGGAAAAGAUUGACAAAAAAGAGCUUAAAACUGAGGAAUGCUUUACUAAAACAUCUAAAGCACCCGAAAAUCCAGAUCAUAAUGGAGGAGUGUUUGACAGGGUUGUCAGGACAUGCAAGAAAGCAAAGGCAGCUGUUUUCAGGAAUUUGACCCAAAAACAACAGGCAACACAGAGCCCUGUGAUAAUUCCAGAUUCUCCAGAAAAUGAAGAGCAAAGUGAUGAUGAUUUUGUACCAAAAGUGAAUAAGAAUCCCCACAAGAGAACAAUAGUAGAGAGCAGUGAGGAAGAGGAAAAGAAUUUUGUUUCAGAAAAGCCAAAGAUUCAGAAUACAGUCGGUUCUAAAAGAAUUAAACUGAUGCCCCCUGGUACAGAGAAAGGGAGGGACAUCCAGGAGGAAAAGGGUCACAGAUCAGUGUCCCCCAUGGAGAACGAUUUGGAGUUCUUUAAACAGGACCUUGCUGAUAAACAUGCAUGUAAGACACUCUCCAACGAUCAUCAUUUCAGGAAAAUGAAGUCAGUGAAGAAAGAAAGAAACAAGAUCAGGACUCCUUUUUAUGCACCUAAUAUUAAAGAUGUCGAGAGAUACACAAAAGUGAUUCUGCAAGCAUUUGAGAUUUAUCAUCGGAAACUUUUUCUCCUCCAAUCUAAAUCAUGCAAUUACAUGGACAGGGGGGAACCUGUCAAGCCUGGUCGACAUAUGGAGAAAACGAUUGACCUGAAAAAGCGAGGUCAGCAGGAGGUGGCCAUUACUACUUAUGGUGACGAUGAUGAUAUUACAACAGAAGAUCAUGUGUAUGGUCAAUUCUCUGUGAAUGAGAAUCCACUUGAUUUUAUGGAUGAUGAUGCAGCUGCCCAUGAAGUGAUUAAAACAGGAUCAGCUAAGGCAGAAAAUAGACCUCUGAAAUUGACCAAAACAAGAAGAAAAACAAAUAAAGAGAAGGACUCUGUCAAAAAUACAGUGAAUAUUGUGGAGGAUGAUGAUGUAAUGGAAGUGAUGGACCAAAGUAGUCAGGUGGAAUUGCCUCCUCUGGAGGGUCAGAAAGAGGAUCAGGAAUUAUCUGAAUACUUUUUGGGACAAGACAAAGAAAAUGAUCUUGAAACCAUUCAUGAACAGAGGCGUGUUCAAGACAGACACACUCCGGAUAUUUUGAUGGCGGAGGAUACAUUUCUGAAAUUAGACAGAAAGCAAGACCCCAAGCGAAAUGGAAGGACUUCACAAAAAAACAGAAGGCCAGAAAAGCAAUUACAGUUUGAUGUUCAAGCACUUAGAAAUAGAGUUACUGAAAGUAAAAAGAAUGAUAUAUACCACAACAACCAGUUUAUGUUAUCAGAAAAUACUUCAAAAACCAGAUUUAAAAGACAUCAUAGUGACAUUAGCACAGCUAGUUCAGAUUCAACAUCUAGAAUGGAAGAGGAUUUCAUUCAAGAAUUAGCAAAGAAGGAUAAAUCAGUAAAAUAUGGAACUGUACAUCCGGCCAGGAAUCCUGGGAUAAUGAUUAAUCCGGAUGGAGAUGUUUAUGCUACGCAGAUGUGUGCAAUGGAGGAGAAGCAUUCAAAUAAGAUUGAAACCAAUGAAGAAAACUCAAAUACCCAGAUGACAGAUAAUUAUUUUGAUGCUGGAGGUAGUGGUGACCAAAUUAAUUCAAUCAUUGUGAAUGAUGAUGAGAGUGUAGAAAUGGCUGCUUCAAAACGUGAUGUUGAGAAAGAAGAUGAAGUUAUUGAAGAAGUCAUCACAGACGACUCAGAAGAGGAAGUUAUAUUUUCUGUUAAACAACCCAAGGAGAAUGCACCAAGGCCAAAGGAAAACAGCAGUCAGGAAGGUGAGGUUAAACUGAACAUAAAGAGAAGACUCGAGCCAAAGAAAGCGAGAAAGUUCCAGGUAGCAGAGUCUGAUGAAAGCACCGACAGUCCAACCUCCAACGAUGACAAGAAGGUGGAAAGAGAUGUCCAUGUUGAAAGUGGUGAGGGAUGGCUAUCUGCCAGAAACUGGACAAACAAUAAACCGACUGUAAAAACAUAUACAAGGAGAACCAAAAUGAGUGAAACUUCAAGAAAACCUCCUCCUAAGGUGUCAGAAUUGGUGCCUUGUCCCAUGUGUUAUAGGAAGUUUGAUAGUGACCACAUAGAGACCCACGCAGCUGAGUGUGAGGGAGAAGUUAAUGAUAAUGCCGAUGAAAACAUGGACACAGAGGCUGAGCGAAAUCAAGACAAUUUAUCGCCAUCCAGAAAUAUGACUGGGCAGUCCUGUAUAGUGUGUCUGGAGCCAUUACCACAUGGAUUUGAUGAGAUUGCUCAUCCUCAGUGUUUGGAGGAAGCCACACAGGCGCAGCACCAGGCAGAUAACAAAAUAUUUUACAACAUGCAGGUGGAGGAGCCACGGACUACAAGAUCCAGGGGGAGGUCCCAACAAGUAAAAUCAACCGAUCAAAAGCCAGACCUGGCAAACCCAUUUGUGUUCAAUAUAGAUGAUAAUUGAAUUGUUUGUGAUAGUUGGA